AUGUUGCAAGGCCGAAAUUGGGCCAUGUUGAUGGUGGUAGCGCUGCUACUCGCAUUGUUUAUGCCCGACAUUUGGGUGUUGGCUGGAGUCAACGACACCGUGUUCAUUGACGUUGUGCUUACUUUGGUGAUGGUGCUUUUCACCAUGGAAUUGCUGAUUCUCAGUGUUGUUGAUUCACACUACAUCCUGAGCUUUUUUCAGCUCAUGGACAUCUUCGGCACAGUCUCCAUGAUCUUUGACAUCUCCUUCAUGCUGGGUGCGCGGGCAGAUGAAGCCCAGGUUGCGUCGAACAAUGCCGAUGCCACGGCGAAUCUGAUGCUGUUGCGCGCUGCCAGGGCCGCGAAGGUCGGGGCCCGCGCGGGACGUUUGUCGCGUGUGCUGCGCUUCCUGCGCUUUCUGCCCUUCUUGGCGGGCGGCGACAAACAGGACGAGAACCAGACCGGAAUUGCCUCGAUGAUCUCAGGGCAACUGGCCAAUCUGGUCGCGACGCGCGUAGCCUGUCUCACCAUUAUUUUGGUCAUGGUGAUUCCUCUCUUCGACAUUUGGACAUUUCCACAGUCGGACUACUCCUUGCAGACAUGGGUCAACCGUCUCUCAGUGGACGUCUUAGACCAGAGGAAUGACGAUGUCAUGGCUGAGUUAAAUCUGAUGAAGGACUUCUACUCCCGACAUGACUACGGCCCCUACUCUGCGUGUAUCGGCGUUGAAUCCAGAGACUCUGACGGCAACAAGCAGUUCACCUGCACCACCGACAGCACGGGGAUCGCGGGGCAAGUGGCCUUGUGGAGCUCGGGACGCGCAGCACCACCACGAAUGUCCUCAGUGUUGCUGGUGUUCAACCAGAACUUUCAGGUGCAGGUGAAUAUGCACGUGCCGAAACAAGUGGAGGCUGGCUUCAGUAUGGGGACCAUGGUCUUCAUCAUCAUUAUCAUGGUUUUCUGUGGCCUAGCCUUGUCCAGCGUGGUGACCGACCUGGCGGUGCGUCCCCUGGAGCGCAUGCUGGGCACGGUGCGGAAGAUCGCCAGUACGGUCUUCAAGUUCAGUGCCGAGGUGGCGGCAGAACAGAAUGAUGAAGAGGUGACGGAUAUUGACAGUUCCAAUGAGAUGAAACUCUUGGAGAAGGUGGUGCAAAAGCUGGCGAUCAUUGCAGAUCUUCAGACCGCACGCGCGGUGCCGGAUGAGACCGAGGACAUGCGCGAUGAAGAUCUGGGAAUUCUCAGCAUGAUGCACGGCGCCAAUAUCACAAAGAGCAAGGGACGACAGACACGCAGACCUUCGCAGACCACGGCGAGGAAAAAGGCCAUUGGUGUUCCACAAGUGCGCCUUGAAGAUUUUGGAGUGUCCCAGGAGAUCUUUAAUUCCUGGUCCUUCAAUUCUUUGAACCUCUCCAAGAACCAACGCGUGAAUUUGGCGGUCUACACCGUCUGCAAGUUCCACGAGGAUGGCGAGGGCUUUGUGAACACGGGGGACGAGGUGGCCAUGUUCCAGCGUUUUACCACCGCGGUGGAGAAGGAAUACCUGCCCGUUCCCUUUCACAGCUUCGCUCACGCCGUGGACGUCCUGCAUGCCGUGUCGCGAGUGCUGCGAUGCGUCUCUUCAGGAACUUUCCUGUCGGAAUUGGAAGAGUUUUCCCUUCUAGUCGCGGCACUGGGUCAUGAUAUCGGCCAUCCUGGAGUGAACAACGGUUUUCUGUCGGAAGUGGGGCAUGAGCUCGCCAUGCAGUACAACGAUCGAUCCCCGUUGGAGAACAUGCAUUGCGCCAAGCUCUAUACCAUUUGCAACAAGCCGGAGACCAACGUCUUCUAUCAUUUCACCAAGGAGCAAUACAAAGAGGUGAGAAAGAAUUGCAUCGAAAGCAUCCUGCACACCGAUAUGAUGGCCCACCAGGCCAUGGUGAAGGAUCUGCAGAUUCUCUUCCAGAUGAACACGGAGGUGUUCACCGCGGAGCCAGAGAGUGAUGACAAGGGACAACUGGUGAUCAGUCCCGCAGAGGUUGAGAUCUUCUCGGAACCAGACACCAAGACCAAGGUUGUGAACUGCGUUUUGCACUCGGGAGACGUCUCCAACCCCUGUCGGGCAUGGGAGACCACCUACGCUUGGGCCUUGGUUUGUCUGGAAGAGUUCUUCGCUCAGGGAGAUCAGGAGAAGCUGCUGGGAAUUCCCGUCCAAUUUCUGAAUGAUAGAGACAAGCUGAACAAACCCAACUCGCAGAUCGGCUUCAUCGAGUUCAUGAUCGCGCCCUUCUUCGUGGCGCAGAUCCGUCUCUGGCCCAACAUGCACGAGAUGGGAGGAAACCUCUCGCGCAACAUUGCCAGUUGGCAGGACAUGUGGGAAAAGGAAGUGACACCGGCGGAAGAAGAGAAAGCCAAAGUGAAGGGUCGCGUCGAAAAAGUGCAGACCAACAUCAACGAGGCCAUUCAAAGAACUCCCAUCUGA